CAUCAAUUGCAUCAAAUUCAAGCGAAAUUUCAAGCGAUACUUAAAAUUUUUUCUUGGUUUUUUUGGCCAUUUGGAAUCAUCCUAAAUUCCCAGUGAAGUGUGCACAAUUCGUCUGGAGUGUGAUUCUUGAAUCUUCAAGUGAGGGAUUUGUAAAUAACCCAAUUCCCAAGGAUGCCAGAAAGUAAACAAAUUGUGGACUACGGGGAUGAGAGUCACGGCUCAAAGCUGGCUCGCAAGGCCAAGGAGGCCCCAUUUAUGCCAAUUGGUAUCGUGGGAUUUCUCGCUGCCAUCGGCAUCGGGGCGUACAAGUACAAGCAUCGAGGGAGCAUGAGUACCAGUGUCUUCCUCAUGCAACUCCGUGUAGCUGCACAAGGCACCGUUGUAGGUGCCCUCACCAUUGGGCUGGCUUACACAAUGACACGGGAGUAUCUCCUUCCACUGCUGGACAGCAAGCCAAAGGAGGAUCCAAAGUGAAAAUCCAUCUAAUUUACUAGCGAAUUUAUGAACCCCCAAAGCGCCCCCACGAAGAGACAGGAAGGGAGAGAGAAAUUUAUGCGAGUGGACGAUUGAUUAUGAUGAAAGAAUGAAUGUUUAGUUACAAAAUAUCUCAGUUAUGCUGGAGAAUAGCUAGAAAAUUUACCGUGAUAUUCAAUUUCUCACAAAUUGUAUUUAUUCCCAUUGACAAAGUGCAUGAGAAAAUACAUUAAAUAUCUAUUUUUGUGGACUAAA